UGCGUGCCGUGUGUAUGACACGAUUGGCAUGGAGCGUUGCGUGGACUCUACUUAAAACCCACCUUCAAGAGGUACUGUGAAAAUUAUAAAGGCAAUGUUUUGAACCUCUGGCUUGUCCAGGAUCUGUAGGUGGGGGAGGUGAUGCAGAGGCUGUGGGCUCCAGUCACCCUGCAGCGGGUUGUCCUGCUGCGCUCCGCAUACCUGGGUCACACCUGGAAUGCGUGUGAGCUUCCUGUGUCCAUCCAGAACUUGCGCUGCUUCAGAUGUACUUCUAUCAUUUGGACAAAGGAGAGCUACAAAACAUCCGCUGAGGAAGAUACUCCAUUAAACCCUCCACAGAGUCUUGCAGGGACUGAGGGUCUUUAUAAGGCUGAUACAGGGUCUGGAUCAGAGGCUGCCCCUCAGAAUAAGGGUGAUAGUGAUCCUCUGCAGGACAAAUCUAUCGGGCUCUUCCAGAGAUUUAAAAAGACGUUUAAACAAUAUGGAAAAGUUAUGGUGCCUGUACAUAUUGUUACGUCUACAGUAUGGUUUGGGAGCUUCUAUUAUGCUGCAAUGAAAGGGGUGAACGUAAUCCCGUUUCUGGAGUUCAUUGGUUUACCGGACUGGAUGGUGGGAAUUUUGCGAGAUUCCCAGGGUGGCUAUGCACUCACAGCAUAUGCAAUGUAUAAGCUCGCUACACCUGCCCGAUACACUGUUACAAUGGGUGGCACGUCCCUAUCUGUACAGUGCCUCCGCAAACACGGAUACCUCUCCACCCCUCCACCUGUUAAAGAGUACCUGCAAGACAAAAUGGAAGAGACCAGGGAACGACUGACUGAAAAGAUGGAGGAGACAAAAGAGAGGUUUUCUGAGAAAAUGGAAGAAACCAAAGAACUGCUCUCUGGACGAAUGGAGGAAACAAAAGAACGCCUCUCUGAGACUAAAGACAAAUUUUCGGAGAAACUGCAAGAGACUAAAGAUAAAAUGUCUUUGCGAAAGAAACAGGAGUAGACUGAUGGCUGCAUGGUUUGCUGUGAAUGAACAAAUCACACUGUCUACUGUUAGAGAAGAAUCCUAACUAAACUCAUGAGCAUAGAGGAAUUUUUUACAUAAAGAAUUUCACAACAAAGUUAUCUCUGUCACAAGGGGUUUUGAGUUUUCUUAUAUUGGACUUGUGGAACUCCUAAUGGACUUUUUCAUGUACUUGAAUCAGCAAGUUUAAUGCUGGAGGGAAACAAACUUGAAAUUGCUAGAAACACUAGAAUUAUUUAGCAUAUUAAGCCAAAAUCAAAUUUGUUUUAAGAUAAAGUUUGGAAAGUAUUUUUGAUAGCCAAUUGAUAAUUGAAUAUUUAAUUACUUUAAUUAGUUUUUGUUUGCAUCAGGUAAAGUAUGUAUGUGUCUUUGAAUUCUUGUCCAUAAUGCCUGUGCAGUAUUCUGGACUGAUCGUCCCAUUUAAUGAUGAAUUGCACUAGGUGUCUAAAAAUCUGAAUUGUUUAAAAGGUCAGUGGGAAAUAGAAUGAUAAAGAAAUUCUGUCAUUUAGAAGUAACAGAAUCUGUUUGCUUGUAUCAAAAAUAACAUGAUUCUGCCACAAUAUUUACAAGAGUUAAUUAAAAAUGUAUUUAAUUUGUUCAAAUUACAAAUGCACAUCAAAUCUUUCUAUUUAUUAAAAACCAAAAGGUUCUCAAUAUACAACACAACAGGAAUUGGUAGUUUUUAGUUUAUUAGUUUUAGCUGCAGUUGGACAACAGCAGAAGUACAAGCAUAAACGUUUGACUAUAACGGUGAUUAGAGCAAAAUGUUUUGAUAACUUUUGUUCUGAAAAAGAGCAUUGCAUGAGAGGCCUUAUGCUUGAAACUUAUUAGUCACACCACAAUGGUUUAUUCAUGUGUGUGUGUGUGUAUAUAUAUAUAUAUAUAUAUAUAUAUAUAUAUAUAUAUAUAUAUACACACACAUACACACAACAGUUUUAAAGUGUGAAUAUGUAUGUGUGCUUGGUGUAUAUAAAAGGUCCACACAUGUGAACAUACAAAGUAACAUCAGUCAGGGAAAUUUGUAUUUAAAAAAUGUAAAAGGUCUGUGAUAUUGUGUUGCUCUAGUUCAGAAGCAGUUUUCACAGACACCUGAUAAGCAUCAGGGUAACACAAUUAUGGAUCUUUUCAGUUAUUGUUGUAGUCCUCGCUUGUGCAGGAGAAAAAAAGCUUUUUGUUGCUUUGACAAGCAUCUCGGUACUGUUAGUCAGGUGCUUGCAAAAUGCCAUUGCUAUAUACAUUAUCUUCAGGUAUAUAAGUAUAGACAUGCGAAUACAAGCUGCUGUACAGUGGAGCACCAGCACAUAAAUAUUUACAAUUAAAAUCUCUAUAUAUUUGUUUUGCUCCUAUACACCACAUACACAAUGUCUGAAAUAUAAAACAAAAAUAAGAAUGUUAAAACUACUCAUCACUCAUUUGGUUCAUUAUUAAACUUUGCAAAGACAGGAAGCACAAUACAGGGUUUCAUGAAAAAACAUGUACAUAAUUGGCACGCUGGUGAAUAAACUGGUGAAAUCCAAAAUGUUUUAAUUCUGCAAGACUGUCAUUAAAACCCCUCAGUGUUUCUGUCUGCGAGUGGGAAUCUGUCACUAAUUGAUUAGUUUCCAUGGACUGUGGAUUCCAGUGUAUAACUUGAAGGUUAUGGUGAUUUUUUUAAUUUUGUAUUAAGGGAUAUUCAAAUGAAUAAAAUCCUUUGUGUUUGCGCCUCUUGUGGUUGGGGCAGUGAUUAAAGCAACAUUCGUACUGUGGCAUGUUACUUAAAAAUGUAAGUAAUGCUCUGUAGUUUAGUAUUUUCAUAAUUAAGGAUAUUUCUGAUAGCAUUUCUUUUACACACACACACAAACACACACACACACAAAAAAGCACAUUUUAAAUGUAAGCAUUUACAAAUCCGUUGCAACUGCAGUGUUAAAAUCUUUAUAUUGACUAUAAAUUAUGUUACAUUAUUGACAAUGUCUUUUUUUCUGUGAUUUCUACCCAUUGGGUAGGAUAUGUGCAUACAGACUAAUGUUAUUUACAGCACCUUACAAAUAAAAGAGGAUAAAAAACAGAUUACACAGAAAAAAGCACCAUUGGAAGUGAGGCACAGCUAAGGUGGGAACUUUUAGAGUGCAAGUGGGUUCCUACAACACAAUCAAUAGGCACCAAUUCAGCUCACAAGUAACAUGCAAACUCCUUGAACAGAAGAAAUCAGACGAAAGAAAGCUCUUAAUUUGAGACACAAAUGAAAAACAGACAUAUCGUAGAAAACAUAGGGGAGUGUUUACCAGGAUGGGUGAUGGAAAGAAAUGCAAAAGAAAAAGUGCAGCAGAUGAAAAGCAGCAUUCCAGCAGCAACAUCAAAAGCAGGAGCAGAAAACUUACUAACGCAACUUUGAGCUCUGCAAGAUGAAGACAGGCAGUAAAAGAGACCAGACCAACAGGUGACAGAAAAAGGGUUCUAAAAUUGGAGGCAGUUCCAUAUGCAGUGACAUGCAUUGUGCUCUCGUUUUGCACUUUGUAUCCUUGCAAUUACUCUUUGUACUUUAAUGUACUCUUUGCAAUUAGUCUGAAAGAACAAAUUAUCGUCAAACUCAGCAAAGCUUUUAUAGUCGGUGCUUAAAAGACAAGGGCAUCUAAAUGAAUCUAGAAUUUAAUUUAUAGCUGAUCAGUUGGAAUUCUAGAAUCUAUCCUAGCCAUACUGCUUAGAUAAUAGGAUUUCCAUUUUAGUCAAGCAGCAGGGAUUCUAGAAUAGAAUCACUAUCCUAGCUGCUGGGAUUCUAGAAUUGGAACUUUAGCCAAACAACUGUCAUUCUUGAAUUCCAAAUCUAGCCUUGCUGCUGGGAUUAUAGAAUUCUGGAAUUUCAGCCAAGUAGCAGGGAUUCUAGAAUUGCAACUCUAUCCUAGUUGCUGGUAUUAUAGAAUUGGAACUCUAGCAAAGCAGCUGAGAAUCUAGAAUUCCAACUCUAGCCAAAUUGCUAGGAUUUGAGAAUUGCAACUCUAUUCUCAAAUUGCUUGGAUUUGAUAAUUGCAACUCUAUUUUAGCUGCUGGGAUUAUAGAACUGCAAUUUAAGACAAGCAGCAGGGGAUCUAGAAUUGGAACUCUAGCUAAGCAGCAGGGAUUCUAGAAUUGGAAUUCUAGCCAAUUCUAGAAUUCUUAAUUAUCAAGCAGAUGGGAUUCUAGAAUUUUGUAAUGUGUGUGUGUGUGUGUGUGUAUAUAUAUAUAUAUA